AGUAUUCCAAGAAAAAUGAAGGAGUCGAGAAAACUUAAUCUAUAUAUAUGCUAUUUCUUAUACACCUGAUCAUCAAUAAAACAUUCUUCAUCUUAUUAUAAGAUCAUCCGGAAGUUGUUAAUCAAUGGGAUCUUUUACCAACGCAUGCAAUAUUUCAUUGAUCUUUUCAGUAAUAUGGAUGUUGCAAAUGUUGAUUACUACUGGCGCUGAGCCACAAGUGCCAUGCUACUUCAUUUUCGGAGACUCCCUGGUGGAUAAUGGCAAUAACAAUAAUCUUGUUACCGAAGCCAAAGUGAACUACCCUCCUUAUGGUGUUGAUUUUCCAGGCGGAGAGGCAACCGGAAGGUUCAGCAAUGGCGAAAACACUGCGGAUAUCAUAGGUAAGCUUCUAGGUUUUACUAAUUACACUCCUCCACACGCAACAGCAAGUGGCCGGGGAAUCGUGAAGGGAAUAAAUUAUGGCUCCGGAGGAGCUGGAAUUCUUACUGAAACCGGACGAAACCUGGGUGGACGUAUUACCUUAGACCUACAGUUAUCUCAUCACCGAAGUACAGUUUUUAAAAUUAUUGGUUUACAGGGAGGCAAUGACACUUAUACCAAACACUACUUGAGCAAGUGCAUUUAUACAGUUGGAAUGGGAAAUAACGAUUACAUUAACAACUAUUUCAUGCCUGACAAGUAUAAUACAAGCAAGAUAUAUACACCAGAACAAUACGCAGAUGUCCUUAUUCAAAAAUACACCAAACAGCUCCGGACUUUAUACACUUACGGAGCUAGAAAAGUUGCUGUUUUUGGACUUGGUCUAAGUGGCUGUACACCAGCAAAGAUUUCCACGUUUGGCGCAAAUGCAUCAGGGUGUGUGGACAAGAUUAACGCUGCAGUUGCAUUGUUCAAUGACAGACUCAAGCCAUUGGUUGAUGGCCUGAACAAGAAUUUAACAGAUGCCAAGUACAUCUAUAUUAACACUACUAAUAUUUCUCUAGGAGAUCCCAGUUCAGCUGGGUUCACCGUAUUUUUGUCCCCAUGCUGCACAGCAUCCGUAGAUUUCGGAAAAGGACAAUGUAAGCCAGACCAACCUCCAUGUAGCGACCGCGGUAAAUAUAUAUUCUGGGAUGAAUUUCAUCCGACAGAGAAGGCCAAUAUGGGGACUGCGUCAAGAUCCUACAUGGCUGCCUCUCCGUUGGACUCCUACCCUAUGGAUAUCCGCACCCUGGCGUUGUUAAAAUUAUAAGCUCCGGAAUGACCAAGCCGUUGAAUAUAAUGUUUAUUGAAGGCUAGAAAUAAUAACUCAAUGUCCCCCGUAAGAUGUCAUCACUCUCUCGUUAAUUAGACAUGUCGUUCGACCUUUUAAACUUUUAGAGCAAUAAACCGGGCUUGGCGCGUUCC